AUGAGAUUCAGAACACAAGUCUCGAAUGUCCCUCUGCUACAUAAGAUUGUCAGGAGCUUGGCUAGUCUAGCGAGGCUAUGUAUCAUCCGGUUGUCGGCUGAAAAGGUCCACUUCAUCAUUUCGGGGAAUGAGGGCAAAGAUGGUGUCCAGGUAUGGUCACAGGUCAAAGUGCCUACACUUUUCACUCAAUUCCGGAUAGAAUCUAACAAUGAUAAUGAAAUAUGGCUCGAGAUCAACCUUGACGCCUUACUGAAAGUGCUCAAAAGUGCAGACAGCUCGGCUGGUACCACCAACGAAGCUUCACGAUUCAACUCGACCGCAUUGAGCGAUUCAGACGUCAGUAUCAAGUUGAAUAAACGUCCCGCAGCGUCUGGCGGUACUGGUGGUCAGGCGAUAUGGGUAUUCGAUAUCAAGGGGACUACCGCCCUAGGCAAACUCAUGUCUAUCACACACGAGGUCAAUGUGAAUGUGUUGACGAAGAAGCGGCAAGAUGAGCUCAACGAGCCAAUGUGCCCUCCACCUGAUGUCCAUCUGGUCCUGCCUAGCUUGUUGGAUCUCCGGAACAUCGUCUCUAGAUUGAGCCAUCUCGCUGAGGACGUCAAGAUGAGCGCGAAUCAUGACGGCGCGAUGGAGCUCUCGGUUAUGGAUCCCCGCGUGGAAAUGAGUAUGAGUUGGCGGAAUCUUCAUAAUCCCGCUGCAUCCUUGCCAGCCGACGGCGAAGCAGAUGCUACCCCGAAAGACAAGAUGUUCUCCACCACUGUGUCCAUCAAAGGCCUGCUGAAAUUUCUCAACUGUCAUCUGGUCGGCGGGACAGCCAUCGCUUGCAUCUGCGAGAAACACUGCAUCAUUGCGUAUGUAUAUAUUGGCGACGUGGAUGAAGCGGGAGGAGUUCUAACCUUUUUCAUCCCCGCCAAGAACUACGGAGAUGAUUGA